AUGAGUAAUACAUAUGGAAAGGACCUGCGGGAGCUUGCCAAAAAGAUUGCAAAUGACAUGGGAAUUUCUUCGAUUGUGCAUGAGGGUGUUUAUUUCGCAAGCUGUGGUCCACCUUACGAAACGCCAGCUGAAGCACGAAUGCUAAGGAUGUUGGGAGCUGACUUAGCUGGUGAGUGCCCAACUCAAGUUUAAUUUUUGAAUAAAUUCAGAAUAACGUGGGAAGCACAACUAUCUGAAUUCUAUUCCUCUCAGGUUUUAGCACUGCUCAUGAAACAAUGGUUGCCACCCACUGCGGUCUCAAAGUUUUUGCCAUGUCUCUUGUCACAAACAUGGUGAUUAUGGACUAUGACUCUCAGCGGAUCACAAACCACGAAGAGGUUCUCGAGACAAGCGCCAAACGUUCCGAAACCAUGAAGGAACUUGUGACAAGAUUAGUGACGGAAUUAAAAUGA